AUGGCAUUCUUUACAACGGUUGUUCUCGAAACAAAGCACCCACAAUAUUAUUAUAGUCUUUAUAAUUCAUCUGGAAAUACUUCAGGUCAACUGAUCAAUUGGGAUUAUGGAUUUAGUAGUGAUUUGUGUCAACAAGUUGGAACAUUUUUAGUUCAGUCAAAUAAUACAGAUGCACGUAAAACUACUAAACAACAAUGGUUCAUUGGAACACUCAAUGCUUUAUUAAUAGCAUUUCUUAUUAAAAAUAGUCUUUUUAUACUCGCUUCAUUUCCACGCUUUCUCCGUAAAACGGCGUAUUAUAUGGAAGGUCUCACUUUAAUAUUAGUAUUUUUGUACAUCAAAGAAGACAAGUCCUGGCAGACAUCACUUAAUUUUCGAUGUCCGAUUCAAUGGCAACUAGUAAGUACUCUAUCAUUAACCAAUUGA